AUGCUGGAGAUCACCUGGAGCAUGAUGCGCCAUCAAUUUACACCUGGUUUCGAGAAUAUUCUCGAUGAAGGAGUGAAUAAUAGCUGGUACGAUACCAGCAACCUUCUGCAGGCGCUUGUCUUUUGGUGGAUUUUCAUCCCCUGGGUACAAGCGGAGUUAGAAGCCUACCGAAAUUGCGUCAACCUGACUGUGAAAUGCCAGGAUUGUAACAAGAUCCUCCCACAUGGCGUCCCGCAGCACAUGCUGGAGUAUCCUGAGGAAUAUGCAGUGCUUGACUUCAAGGCGCGUUUCUGA